UUUUUUUUGUUUUUCUCCAUCGCGAAAUCAUUCUUGUCAUGUCAUUGUUGCGAGAGAAUGACAUUCUGCGUGUUUAUGAAGUGUAGUCUAGGGCUUGUGAAGCGUGAACUUCUUUGUCUUUAUUCUUUGCCUUGGCUUCAAUGGAAUCUUUUACAAUGACACUUCAAGGACUAUACAUGUUUGCUGACUACCUUACUCUAUCCCUGCAGGCACAAACAUAUCGUCACGUCUUUAUCAAACUUUACGUUCCCACAACCUGUAGCACUGCUGCACUAUGACAAACUCGACCUUCGAUGAUAGGACAGCUCCAACCACCAUGUCCGAAGCAGUCAAUGCAGUGAACGCAGCUAUCGUCGCUGCUGUUGCUGCUGGUGAAGGAACAUCAACCUUCUCAAGUAGAGAUGCUACGCAUGAUCAUUUAAGCAGUAUCCGUCAUAUCGACAAUUUAAGCUCUAUUGAAAACCUCAACUCAUCGGCUAUCGAGACGAUUGUCGCAGCCAUCCCCAGGCUUAAGCGACCUGCUGAAGAUGACGCUGGGAACAUUGAUGACAGUGCCAAGCUACGCAGGCUCCAAGAGGAAGUUAACAACAACGCCAAUGCUGCUGCUGGCAUUCUGUCAGGCAGUAGCAAUCACAGCAGUAAUACCAGUAGUACCCAUAGCCCUAGUCAUUCUGGAACAGAGACGCAUGUCGCUGCAUCUAAUGAGACAGAGGAUACCGCCACGGUGCCCCCUAACGCCAAGUCGGAUCCUAAGGAUACGUCAGUUACUUCAACUACCCAAGCACAGCAAUCCAAAUCAAUUCAAGUCACCCCAGGGAUGCACGAAGUUAUGGCGGAUCUGAUGAGGAUGCAGCAGAUGGUCAAGAAGGAUCCUAGACAAAUCACUUCCUUCACAACUAAUCCCAAUAACCAAGCUACUCUAGAGCAACUCACGUCUCUUACGUCCAGUGCUUUAGCAAAUGUCCUUGCACAGGCGCCUCUUUCUUCUAGUGACCUUCAAAAUAGCAUCCAAAGUCAACGGGAGCCUGAAUCACAACCACAACCCCAGCCGCAGCCUCAGGCACAGACACAGUCACGCUCACAACAUGUACAAGAGUCGGAGACUACCCAAGGAAUUUUGGCAUCGGUGCCUGCGACCACAGAAAGCGCUUCUGCAAAUGAUGCAGCAGCCAUUCUUGAAGACGACGUCCUUAAUGGAAAGCGAACUAGCCGUGACAUGUCAAAUGAAGAACGGAGACAACGGCGCCUUUUGAGGAACCGCGUAGCGGCUAAGGAGUGUCGCAAGAAGAAGAAGGCCUAUGUUAAUGAGCUCCAGGAUACCUGCACACGAUUGCAAGAAGAGAACGCAAGACUGUACAAAGAAAUCGAGGAGCUUAAUGCCAAGCUGACAUUGAGCGCCAUGCGUAUCGAUGAGAAUGUUCGUCUCAUCAAGGAAGUGGAGCAACUAAGCGCAAAACUGACACUUGGAGCGAUGGCCCAUAUGAAUGCAUCGGUCGUUUCUGGAUCUCAGUCUCCAUCCAAGGUUGCGGAUGGCUCUAGCUUAGAGCAGCAAGUAGAAGAAUCACGGGCUUCUACAUCUGGAGCACAGGCUUCUUCUCCUGCCUCAGCCCCUACUUCCGACUCCUCCCUGACUUCUGCUCCUGCUUCCGCUCUAGGACCAUCAGAAACAUCCAUUGAGGCUUCUACUUAGACAGAGCAACCAAUGUUUCUCAAUUUUUGUUAUGGGU